AUGCUAACAAAAUUCUACCAGCACAUUCUUGCCUUGGCAUUUGCCGUGAAAGAGAUAAAUGAGAACCACAAGUUUUGUCCUAAUAUCACUCUCGGGUUCCACAUCUAUGAUAGCUACUAUGAUGCCCGAAUGACCUAUCGUACCACUCUUGACCUGCUCUUCAAAUCACAUAGAUUUGUUCCCAACUACAAAUGUGACACCCAGAAAAAUCUCAUUGCCAUCAUUGGAGGUCUUAGCGCUGACACCUCCUUCCAUAUGGCUGACACAUUAAGCCUCUACAAGAUUCCACAGCUGCACCAUUUUUUCCAUGACAUUUCAUUUAACAACACAGCUGGAGAAACAGUAUCAUUUACUGAUACCAGAGAAAUGCGAGGUGGAUUUGACAUUAUGAACAUGGUGACAUUUCCAAAUAAGUCUUUCAUUCUAUUGAAAAUAGGAUCGGUGAAUCCCUAUGCUCUUGAUGGAAAAGAAUUCAUCAUUCAUGAGGACAUGAUUAUGUGGCAUGAAGGUUUUAACCAGAUGACACCCAUUUCUGUGUGCAAUGACUACUGCCAGCCUGGUAAUCAGAAGAAAAGUAAGGAGGGAGAGAAAUUUUGCUGCUAUGAUUGUACUCCGUGUCCAGAAGGGAAGAUUUCAAACCAGAAUGACAUGGAUGACUGUUUCAGAUGCCCAGAAAAUCAGUAUGCGAACAAGAAGAAAAACAGAUGCAUUCCCAAAAUAAUAACCUUUCUUUCCUAUAAGGAACCUUUAGGGAUCAGCUUAACCGCAGUUGCAGCUGCUUUUUCCCUAAUCACAAUUUUGGUGCUAGGAACGUUUAUCCAACACAAAGACACUCCCAUUGUCAAAGCCAACAACCGGGAUCUCACCUACGUUCUCCUCAUUGCCCUCCUACUCUGCUUCCUCUCAUCUUUUCUAUUCAUUGGACACCCUGGCAAAAUGACCUGUCUUCUUCGACAACCCAAUUUUGGCAUCAUCUUCUCCGUGGCUGUUUCUUGUGUGUUGGCCAAAACCAUCACUGUAGUUGCAGCUUUCAUGGCUACCAAGCCUGGGUCCACUAUGAGGAAGUGGGUGGGGAAAAGACUGACCAACUCCAUUGUCCUUUCCUGCUCCCUCAUUCAAGUGAGCAUUUGUAGUGGGUGGUUGAUGACCUCUCCCCCAUUCCCUGAUCUAGACAUGCACUCAGUAAUGGAAGAAACCAUUGUGCAAUGUAACGAAGGCUCAGUGACCCUGUUUUACUGUGUUUUGGCCUACAUGGGCCUCCUGGCCAUUGCCAGCUUCAUUGUGGCAUUUUCAGCUCGCAAACUGCCAGACAGUUUUAAUGAAGCCAAGUUCAUUACCUUCAGCAUGUUGCUGUUUUGCAGUGUUUGGCUGUCUUUUGUCCCAACAUACCUGAGCACCAAAGGGAAAUCCAUGGUGGUGGUGGAGAUCUUCUCCAUCUUGUCUUCCUGUGCUGGAUUGUUGGCCUGCAUCUUUGCCCCUAAAUGCUACAUCAUUGUGCUCAGGCCUGAGCUGAACAACAGGGAGCAAUUGAUAAGGAGAAAUAUGUAA